GUUUCAUGGUGAGAGCUUCUAGACAUAUCUUCCCAAAUCUUUUUAUGGUUUGGUCUGUCUGUCAACCAUCCUGUUAUAGCAUCAAUCAUGGUUUUUCGGGGGUAUUUUGGGCCUUGAUGAAGUGGAAACACUCAGAUUGUGAAAGAAAAGCCUUUUUUUUUUUUUUAUAUUCAAAAUUUAGGAGAUUACGUUUUACUCUGUUUUAUUUAUUUUUUUCAAAUCUAAAACAAGCAAACAAACAAAAGCAAAAGGGAGAUGAUAAAUGUAUAAAUAGGUAAAGAAACUGAGGAAAGUAGCAAUAGUCAACCGUAUUCUCUGUUGCAUCCUCCUGAGAUGAUAGGACUGUUUUGAAAAGAAAAUUCAGACAGGAACAGGAACAGGAGUUGUGAGGGAGAGAGAGGAUGCUGGUUGCAAACCAGACGGAGAUAGCGUGCAUGAAAUGGCUGGGAUCAACGUCCGGCGGGGUAUGGAGGGGGCAGGACCCCACAAAGUUAUCGACGCCCCUUCUCCUUCUUCAGGUUUCUCUCGUCUCUUCCGUCUCUGCCUUGUUACAAGCCGUUAUCCGGCCUCUUGGCCAGAACUUUGUCGCCCAGAUGCUGGCGGGGAUUUUCCUAGGCCCAUCAGUGCUGGGACGCAGCAAGAGAUUCUCAUCAAAUAUAUUCAACAAACGGGGGAUGUUUGUGAUUGAUAACCUGGAGACGAUAUGCUUCAUGUUUAUCUCAUACAUCAUGACGGUUCAGGUUGAUUUGGGGAUGAUGAAGAGAGGAGGCAGACUGGCAAUCAUCAACGGCUUCGUCCUCUGGGCCCUCCCUAUCGCCGUUGCCUACUCCUCCGUCUUCCUCUUCCUGAAAUCCACAGGCAUUUCAUCCGUUGCUAACAUGAAUCCGAGCCAACUGUACAACCUCGCCAGGACCAACGGUUCCUUGUAUUUCCAAGUCUUUUACGAGGUUCUGUCCAAUCUCAAGAUGCUCAACUCUGAGCCCGGAAGGUUGGGUCUCUCCUCUGCCAUGACCACCAACGGCUUCGGCUGGAUUUUCUUCAUGCUCUACCUUGCUUAUAGACGCUCCUUUCGUCCCAGCGUUACCAAACCACCAUUCUGGCCCACCUUCUCCAUGUUACUACUGACACUGGGCAUAAUUGUUGUGUGCCGACCAAUCUUGGAAUGGAUAGUGAAGAAAACACCUGAAGGACAGAAACUGAGGCCAACACAUCUGUGCGUAAUAGUUACCAUGCUCUGCAUUGUCACCUUCUUGGUCGACGCUGUUGGGCUUCCCUUCAUGUUUGGGCCAAUGUUAUUGGGGCUGGUGACUCCGAACAAAGCGCCUCUCGGGGCAGGGCUCACCAGCAAGAUGGACAGCUUUGUCUCGGUCUUGAUGCCCUGUUACGUUAUCGGGAUUGGGCAGAAGAUCGACUUCCACGCUUUCGGGUUGAAAGACUUUGUGAUCUUGGAGAUGCUGUUUCUGCUGAUGCUGGCCGCCAAGUUUGCUUCUAUAGUGGUGCCUUCCCUUUUCUUCCGAGUUCCUCUCUCUCACGCCACCAUGCUCGGUUUGACUGUCUGCAUCCAAGGGAUUUAUGACGUCCAACUCUACAAACUCUCCUUGAAUUACAGGGAUAUAACAGAUGAAGGUUUUGGAAUGAUGGUGGUGGCAGCCAUGUUCCACUCGACCAUUUUGACCACCAUUCUGAAUAAUCUAUACAGCUCGACGCAUAAACUCAUAGCUUACAGAAGGCGUACGGUUCAGCAUUGCCAGCACAAUACUCCUCUCAGGAUCCUCGCCUGUUUUGCACAUCACGAGACCGUCCCUUCCAUUCUCAGCUUCUUGGAACUCUCUCGUCCAUCCCGAAGCUCUCCACUCUCCAUCUUCACUCUGAACCUUGAGGAGCUCGAGAUCGACACCGUCCCUCAACUCAUCCACCACCAAGUCGAUCCCAACCCCUUGACCUCUUCUGACCACAGAGACCAGAUCGUCAAUGCUUUCCUCAACUUCUUCCGCAAGAACAAGGAAAACGUGUCAUUGGAUUGCUAUACGGCAAUUGGACCGAGAAAGACGAUGCAUGAGGAUGUAUGCGCCUUGGCGUUUGACAAGGACGCGGACCUUGUGAUCUUGGCCUUGGACCUCGAGGCUGACACCUCGGUUCCAGGCCUGUGCAGCAACGUCAUCCAGAACUCCCUUUGCUCUGUGGCGAUCCUAGUAGACAGGGGCAACCUUCCCCAUCUGAGACUCGCUGCCAUGAGACAUGUGAGGGUCAAUGUCUGUGCUAUAUUCCUCGGCGGAGCUGAUGACCGGGAGACCCUCGCUCUCGCCACUCGGAUGGCCAGUCACCGGAGCGUGGGUCUUCGCGUGUUGAGGUUCGUAGAACAAGAUAACCACAUCCCACUCGACGAUUUCAUACAGAGACAGCUCGACGUCAAAGCCAUCGAUAGGUUCCGAGAACAAGCCGACGACAAAGAGAACGUCAUAUUCAGCGAGGUAAUGGUGGAGGACGUGACUGGGCUCGUGGACACGUUGAGGAAGGAAGGAGAUGAGUACGAUCUGAUAAUGGUGGGGAUCAGACAUGAAGGGGGGUUUCCGCUGUUGAAGGGAUUGUCGAUGUGGAGUGAGAUGGGUGAGUUGGGAGAGGUUGCCGACUUGUUGGUCUCCAAGGAUCUCUCGCUGACGGCCUCCGUUCUGGCGGUGCAGCAACAGCACAUGGUUGUCGAGGGGAUGCUCGAUCACUUCUCUGCCCGGCAUCGUCUCUGAUCAUCUCCAUUUCUGCUCUAGUUUUGUUUACAACCUUUUUUGUUUAUUUAUUAUUAUUACAAAACAUGCGCACUAGGACACAUAUCAAAACAUCGUUGUCUGGUUUAGUCUU